AUGGAAAAUCACAAUGUGCAUUCGAUAGAUAUAAAGUCAGAAGACUUUGUUGUUUUAAUAGCAUUGCAAAGCUUACAAACAUUUAUAGUAACAGGAUAUGCAGCUAUUGAUAGUAAAAAAUUAGUUUUGGAUUUUAAAUAUUUAUGGACAGUAUUUCUUGGAACAAUAUUAUUUAUAUCAUCAUUAAUUAGUUUUGUUAUAAUUAGAGCAUUUAUAUAUUCAAAAAAUAGUAUAGGGAAAUAUGUAUUAGAAUUAUUAUUUUUUUUUAGUAUAGUAAUUACUUGCAUAUUAUCAAUCGUAUUUGAUUCUUUUAAAAUCUCAAAUAUGCAAUUAUUAUUUUUUGCAUUUUCUCUAACUGGAUAUUCUUAUUAUAAUUUAAUAACAUUAUUAUUUCUUAGUGUAUUAUCGGGUAUAAUAAUUCAAUACAAUUUAAUUAUAAGUGAAUUUAUGCUCAAUGCAAAAUAUCUACUUUUCAGUGAUAUAAUCUCAUAUACUUUACAAAUAAUAGGUGGACAUGCAUUGUAUUUUCGUAUGUAUAAAUUAUGUAACCUGAUUGUUAUGUCAAAAAGAAAUCCUUGCAAAUAUGUAGUCAUAUCAAAAGAAGUUAAAAAUUUAGAAGAACAAAUCUUUAAAAAAUUAAUAAAAUCAUAUAUUUGUAUUAAUUCAAAAACAUAUUCAGAUAUUUCAAGCAUAAAUAAUAAUAGCAGCAAUGAGCAUAAAUCUAUAAGAGGUGGUUUUCGUAAUCUCAAAUUUAAAUCACUAAAUACGAAAAGAGACAGUAAAUAUAUGAGAAAGUACAAAUUAUUAAAUAGUAAAAGUGAAUAUAGCAAAUUCAAUCAUACUAUUAGUUUUUCAAAAUAUUAUAAUACAAAGUAUUCUAAACUAUAUCAUAGUUCUAUAUCAAAAAACUCCAAUAUAUUUCCAUUAAAAAUUUAUUCAAAUAUUAAACAAUCAAAUAACUUACACACCUUUUUAUCGAAGAAAAUAAGUAACAAAUUUUUUAAAAAAAAAAAAAUUUCAAAAAUAAAUUUUGUAAACCAUUCUUCAUUUAAAACUGAUCAUAAACAUACCAUCAACUACAACAAGGCCAAUCCUAUCAAUAAUAUUGAUAUUAUCCCAUUUUAUGAUAAUUUAGAACAAUUUACAGAUAAAAAAUCUAUAAAACAUAAAAAAAAAAAAAAUAAUAAAGUUUCUCUCAAAAAAAAAGCUAGUAUAAUAAGUAGCUAUGAUUCUUUAAAUUCUUAUGCAAACCAAUCAAAUAAUGAAAAUCACGAAUUGGCAAUUCAAAUUAAAGAAUCGAGUACAGAAGAAAAUUUAUCACAAUAUAAUGAUAAGCACUCACUCGAAUCUUUGACAAAUCAUCAUUCAGCCAUUAAUAUAGAUGAUAAAAACAACCAAUAUGGAGUUCAUUUUUCGAAAAAGACAGAUAAAGAAUAUGAACAUAAGCAGGAUGAAUUAAUUACCUCAAAUGAAAAAACUACCAAAAGAGAUGCAAAACAAACAAAAAGCAAAUUAAUAGAUGAAAAUAUUAAGCAUAAUAAAGGCAAAAAAAAAGGUUCAAGUAAAAAUAUAUAUAUGGAAAUAAGUUCUGAUCAUUCAUACAACUCUAACUAUGACACACAAAAUGGAUAUGACAAUACAUAUUCCACUAAGGAAAAAGACAACAAAAUGCUUAACAAAAAUAGGCCCCAUAAUACACAUACAUAUAAUGAAAAAAUUGUGCAUCCACAUUUUAUUAAAUCGUCUGCAAUAAUUCCCACACAUGAAUACAAAACAGAAAUGGCUAAAAAUCAAAUAAAUCAUAUUCAAGAUUAUAAUUGCAAUAUUUUAUCAUGUAUUUAUCAUGAACAAAAUAACACUAUAAAUAACUUUCAUAUUAUGGAUAAAAAUAAAAAUAAUUAUACUCAUAAACAUUAUACAAUAUAUGAUCAACCAAACUCAGUAAAUAAACAAAGUGGUAAUAAUAAUUAUGAUGAUAUAACGGCUACCGAACAUACUAUUGAUAUAUUAAAUGCCCCAUCUCCUGGAGAACCUGAAUUAAUAGGAAACGAACAAAACUUAUCAAAAGAUGGAUUAUUUAAUUAUAAAACUAGCAAAGGAAGUAUAUUGAGGUAUAAAAACAAACAUUAUUUUAAUGAUGAAGAAUCAUAUAAAUUUAAAAAAUCUUUAGACAUUAAUAAUGAUGCCAAUUCAUAUAUAUAUCGAUCAAUUAGUUGCAACAUAAACAACUGCAACAGUAAUAAAAUUAUAAAAUUUACACAACCAUAUUAUAACAAAAAUGACGAACUAAAUUAUAUGAAUAAUCAUGGGUCUAAUUAUAAAUAUGAUAAAUCCAAAACAUUAAAACAACACCAAAUUAUGGAUAAAAUAAUAGAACUUGAUAUAUACAAUACUGAAGGCGGUGUGAAAAAAUAUAAUAAAAAAAGAAUAUAUUCUAUUGCAAAAAAAAAAACCAUAUUUUCAACCAAAAAAGGGAAAGCAUGUACUGCAAUAUUUCUUAAAAAUACAAAAAUUAAUUUACUAUUUAUUUAUAUUCCGAAAAUUUUUAACACAAUUUUAGAUGCAUCAAAAAAAACCUUUAUCAAUUUAAAAAAAAAAAAAAUAUUAAUGCAAAAUGCUAUAUGGAAAAAUAAAAUAUUUAUACCUGAAGCAAAUGCAGUUGGCUUAUUCAAAAAUCCAAACUUAGAACAAUGGUAUUUAUCAUGGAUGGAUGAAUUUAACAAAAAUAUUAUUAUCAGAACAUAUUUUAUGAAUAUAUAUUUAAUUAUAUAUAUUAUGUUAUUAGAUUUUAUUACAGCAUAUAAAUUAUAUAAUUCUAAUAUUAUACUUGACCCUUUAAAAAAAUCGAAUUUUUUAAAAUAUUAUAUUCCAAGAUCAAUUAUCAAUAUUUUCAUGUAUAUUUUUUACAUAUUUUUUAUCUCUAAAAUGAAGAAAAGACAACGUUGUAAUAUUAAAAAAUAUUAUAAUUCGACAUUACUAUUAUGUCUAACUAAAUUUAUUAUAACGUCUUUUGAUAUAUAUAUAGCUCUUACCUCUUUAAAAUAUUUUACAUCACCAUAUUAUAUAUAUAUGUAUAUACAUAUGCUAACUAUCCAAACCACUAUAUUGUUAAUAGUUAGAUAUCCUACACAAUAUUUUCUAUUCUUUAUUUAUAUCAUUAUGUUUAUUUCUUUAUAUUGCUCUUUUGCAAUUGUCAAAUCACUUAUGGAAUUUAGCUUUAUUAUCACAUGUAUAUCAUUUAAUAUAAUAUAUUCAUAUAUAUUAUGCUCAAGAGUAAUUGAAACAAACCGAAGAAUAUUAUUCUCAAAAUACGAGUUGCCAUAUAUAUUAUACCUGAAGGAAAUUGUACAUUGUUUAAGUACCAACCCGAGUUGGCAGUGCAACUAG